AAUGGCAUUAGGCAGCGUGGUGAGCCAAUGGCCUGCCCCAUCACCUGACCGCUAUUUGAAUAUUGAUGCUCCCUCAGCCGUCUUCCUGUGUUGUUGUUGUGUGACUGUCUGAGUGGGACCGUCAUCACAGCGAGAGAUUUCUAUCACCAGCCCGACGAAAAAAUGUCCUCACUGCUGAAGCCGUUUUCGGUGUGUGAGGGGCCGUGCGAGAGCUGCGGUGUCAGGAGAGGAUGCCCGAGCUCGGCUGCCCAUCAGCAGCCUCCAUCCCGGCGUCUGGCCGCCGCUGCGGGGCUGGGCUCUCUGCCGGCCCACCAGCGGUCGUACGCGGCGAGGAGAAACCUGGCGGCUGCUGCAGUCGGAGGGAGGAAAAUCACGCAUCCUGGAAAGGCCAUCCUUGCAGGUGGCAUUGCAGGAGGAAUAGAGAUCUGUAUCACCUUUCCUACAGAGUAUGUCAAGACCCAGCUGCAGCUGGAUGAGAGAGCCAACCCGCCGCGAUACAGAGGGAUCGGUGACUGUGUGAAGUUGACCGUGCAGGAUCACGGGCUCAGAGGGUUGUAUCGAGGUCUCAGCUCCCUGCUCUAUGGAUCAAUACCCAAAUCUGCAGUGAGGUUUGGCACGUUUGAGAUGCUCAGCAACCCAAUGCGAGACGCCACGGGUCGGCUAGACAACACGCGGAGCCUCGUGUGUGGUUUAGGAGCAGGUAUAGCAGAGGCCAUCGUGGUCGUCUGCCCCAUGGAGACACUCAAGGUGAAGAUGAUCCAUGACCAGUGUUCCCUCAGACCUCGCUACAGAGGCUUCUUUCACGGAGUCAGCGAGAUUAUCAGAGAACAGGGUGUGAGGGGCACGUAUCAAGGUCUGACAGCAACUGUGCUGAAACAAGGAAGCAAUCAGGCCAUCCGAUUCUAUGUGAUGAAUUCGCUGCGCAAUUGGUACAAAGGUGACGACCCCAGACGAGAAAUGCACCCAAUUGUCACAGCGAUAUUCGGAGCGACAGCGGGAGCUGCUAGUGUCUUUGGAAAUACACCUCUGGAUGUGGUGAAAACCAGGAUGCAGGGUUUAGAGGCCCACCGCUACAAAAACACAGUGGACUGUGCCUUCCAGAUCUUGAAGCACGAAGGACCACAGGCUUUCUACAAAGGGACAGUUCCCAGGCUUGGCCGCGUGUGCUUGGACGUGGCCAUAGUCUUCGUCAUCUAUGAGGAGGUGGUCAAACUACUCAACAAUGUGUGGAAGACCCAGUAGACCGACCAGACGGUGACAGAGGUCCACAGGGAAGCACAGACCAGUGCCUCAUGCUACGCACAACUGAACACCUCUAUUCUACUUCAUACUAGCUCUCUGCGUCGCCCUGAUCAGAUGGCACUUCAUCAUGACCAGUUUCUACUCUGUUACAUAAAGGAAAUGCUUUGCAGGACGUAUCCUAAACACGGUGAUAAAAAAGGGAGGGAAAGUGGAUGGUUGCAAAAAAUGGCUCAGUUUAGGAUUUCUCCUUUGUGGUCAGACUUAGGAAUCAAGAGGGAUCAUUUUAUUUUGAAGAACAGGAAAAGGCAAAGUCAAAUUAAGUCAGGAAAUUAUGUGUUAUUCUGUGAGUCUGACCAAACCUAUAGACUCUGUUCCUUGAGUCUUAUUAUCAGAAACAUUAGUGUAUUUAGAGAAGGAAAGGUUCAAAUUAGAGGAGGGAGGAAAAGAAAAAAAGAACUUGAGUAGGUUAAAAAGGGAUAUUACGUAUGUCUGAUGUUUUAGCUUUCUAUGACUGUUGUUGCUGUACAUGUUGUAGAGUUAACACUUUGUACUUAAACCAUAAAUGUGUCUUUUGAUUCACUGAGUGCUUACUAUACUGAGCGAAGAACAGAGAUGCUAGUGGACACAAACAAGCUUGCUGCAGUACUUUUAAAUAUGUCUGUGCAGUGCUUCAACACAUCUGGGUGUUGUAAUUGCGUACUUGACUGCUUGUGGUCUCAUCACACUAAAACAUUCACAGUAUUUCCUCGCUGGUGAUGAUCCAUAGAUACUGUUCAUUGUGCAUUUUAUGGCCGCUGCUGACAACCUGAGUAUGGCUGCAUGAAUCUUGAUGUAGCUGAUCUGUCCUGUCUGUUAACAUGCUGACAGUGGCUCGCAGGCUACACAAACUGGUCUGGGGUCAGUACCUCUCUUGCAGAUUGUUUCAGAGUGUUAACCUGAUACGAAGUAGUCAUUAAGCACAUAUUGUAGGAAUCUAUAUGUAGCACAAUCUUCACAUGCAGUCUUUAGAGUAGGAGAUGAGAGUCGGCUUAAUAAAGUUCUCUACAGCUGCAUGUGAAGGCUUUAUUUGGGAAUAUGUGACCAGUAAUGCUUCGUUCAGACACUCAGUCAGGCUGCUAUUUCCAAGCAGGUGCUGGUGUGCAGCCUGAAAUACAAAAGUGAAUUCACUUCUACUCAACAUGUCCGACUAUGUAAGCCACAUGACUUCAAUGUGCUUGAGCCUUCAGUGGUUUUCUUGUGCUUAAUGAUUCACUCAUCCAACAAACUGUCCUCUAGUCAGAUAUUAUGUCACAUUAAUAUUUUUUAUUUACCUCAAGCUAACCUGCUUCAUAAGCUUUUUGUACGCUGACCAAUGAAACUGUUUAUUAGCCAUCUUUAAAUGCACUCAUUCUUGUCUAAUAUAGUGUUUACAUAUGUUGAACGACACCACAGGGACAGUAGAUAUGUCAGAGGCUCGAUAACAUAACAAGUGACUAGUAUUUAAGCAAGGCUUGGUUUUGAUCGACCUAGUUGCACCACACAGCCUUGCGCAGAAGCCUUUUACUUCUCUUUGCCAAACUAUUUCAGUAGACUCUCUAAUGUAAAAUCCCUGAUAGCAGCAAAUCCUUAUUACAUUUUAUACCAAGAGCAACAGAAUAUUGUUUAAUCUUUAUGUCUGCCAUUUUGUUUUCAUUCACUAAAGCCCCUUUUUACUGUAUAGACUCUUUGUGUUUAUGCUUUGCUGCUUUUCAUAAACAGGCCAACAGCAUGUGUGUGUACCUCGUCGAACUGCAUAUCAGAUUUGGUGCCAUCUCUCAUAUUUCAUAAGGUCCUGUUGGGCAGACUAAAAGAUUGAUUUGUGUUGAGAAACUGAAAUAUGUUGGUAGGACAUCAGAAGAAAUAUUGUUAAAAGUAUGAUUUACAUGAUCAGACGUGAAAACCCCUGAAGAAGCGUAUGUACACAUAACAUCAUGGUGUCACUGGUUUCAAUAAACUUGUGAUUAAUAAACCUGA